AGCCUCUAUUUAAAUAUUUUCUGAUAGGCCCAGGCACUGGCCCAGACACCAUAAUGAUUGGCGCAUUUUUCUGUCCUUCAAAGAGGCGGGUUCUCGAGUUCGUUUAGCCUCAGUAGGCCCUAGGAUUGGCCAGCAGCGACGUAGCGGCGCCUUCGAUUGGCCCCAAGGGCCGUCCGUCGGAGCCGAGGAGGCGGGGCAGGUGGCUGGCUGGUGCUGGGGCGGGCGGGCCCCGGAAUUGUCAUUUCUUUGUUUCCGAAGGCGGAGGAGGCUCUGAACCCCCCUCCCUAUCCUACCCCCUCCCCCGGGUGCUGGCUCCGUGUCUGCGUGACCGGCCCCAAGGGUAGAGUCCAGGCCCGACGAGGGGCGGGCCGGCGGCGGCGGCGGCGGCGGCUGAGGUGAGAGACGGCGGCGGCGGCGGCAGCACCCGGCCCCCCAGCGGGAGGAUGAAGCGGCGGAACGCCGACUGCAGUAAGCUCCGCCGCCCCCUAAAGCGGAACCGGAUCACCGAGGGCAUAUACGGCAGUACAUUUUUAUACCUGAAAUUUCUGGUAGUGUGGGCACUUGUCCUCCUGGCAGAUUUUGUCCUGGAGUUCAGAUUUGAAUACCUGUGGCCGUUCUGGCUUUUCAUCAGAAGCGUCUAUGAUUCCUUCAGAUACCAGGGACUGGCCUUCUCAGUGUUUUUUGUUUGUGUAGCAUUCACGUCAAAUAUCAUAUGUCUGCUGUUCAUCCCCAUACAAUGGCUUUUUUUUGCUGCUAGCACAUAUGUAUGGGUUCAGUACGUAUGGCACACAGAAAGAGGAGUGUGUUUGCCUACAGUGUCCCUCUGGAUACUCUUUGUUUAUAUUGAAGCAGCAAUUAGAUUUAAAGAUCUCAAAAAUUUUCAUGUAGACCUUUGUCGUCCAUUUGCUGCUCACUGUAUUGGGUACCCUGUGGUGACUUUGGGCUUUGGCUUCAAAAGUUAUGUAAGCUACAAAAUGCGGUUAAGGAAGCAAAAGGAAGUACAAAAAGAGAACGAAUUUUAUAUGCAGCUUCUUCAACAAGCCCUACCCCCAGAGCAGCAGAUGCUACAGAAGCAAGACAAAGAGUCUGAGGAAGCUGCCAAAGGAUUACCUGAUAUGGAUUCCUCCAUCCUUAUACACCACAACGGAGGCAUCCCAGCCAACAAAAAACUCUCCACAACUUUGCCAGAGAUAGAAUACCGAGAAAAAGGGAAAGAAAAGGACAAGGAUGCCAAAAAACACAACCUUGGAAUAAAUAACAACAAUAUUCUACAACCUGUAGACUCUAAAAUACAAGAAAUUGAGUAUAUGGAAAAUCAUAUCAAUAGUAAAAGAUUAAAUAAUGAUCUUGUGGGAAGUACAGAAAACCUCUUGAAAGAGGACUCAUGCACUGCUUCCUCAAAAAAUUACAAAAAUGCCAGUGGAGUUGUGAACUCCUCACCUCGAAGUCACAGCGCCACAAAUGGGAGCAUUCCUUCUUCAUCUAGUAAAAAUGAGAAGAAGCAGAAGUGCAGUAGCAAGAGCCCAAGUACACACAAAGACUUAAUGGAAAACUGUAUUCCUAAUAACCAGCUAAGCAAACCAGAUGCACUGGUAAGGCUGGAACAAGACAUUAAAAAAUUAAAGGCUGACCUGCAGGCCAGCAGGCAAGUGGAACAAGAGCUCCGCAGUCAGAUCAGCUCCCUCUCUAGCACCGAGCGAGGGAUCCGCUCAGAAAUGGGCCAGCUCCGGCAGGAGAAUGAACUGCUGCAGAACAAGUUACAUAAUGCUGUGCAAGUGAAGCAAAAAGACAAGCAGAAUAUCAGCCAGUUGGAAAAAAAGCUAAAAGCUGAGCAGGAAGCCCGAAGCUUUGUAGAAAAGCAGUUAAUGGAAGAGAAAAAGAGGAAGAAGUUAGAAGAAGCUACUGCUGCCCGGGCUGUUGCAUUCGCUGCUGCAUCUAGGGGAGAGUGCACCGAAACCUUACGGAAUCGGAUCAGAGAAUUGGAGGCAGAGGGCAAGAAGCUCACAAUGGACAUGAAGGUGAAAGAAGACCAGAUCAGAGAACUAGAACUGAAAGUUCAGGAGCUUCGGAAGUAUAAGGAAAACGAGAAGGACACUGAGGUGUUGAUGUCAGCUCUCUCGGCCAUGCAAGAUAAAACACAGCACCUGGAGAACAGCCUGAGCGCAGAAACGAGGAUCAAGCUCGACCUGUUCUCCGCACUGGGGGACGCAAAGCGGCAGCUCGAGAUUGCCCAAGGACAAAUUCUUCAGAAAGACCAGGAAAUCAAGGACCUAAAACAGAAGAUAGCCGAAGUCAUGGCCGUCAUGCCCAGCAUAACGUACAGUGCCGCCACCAGCCCCCUGAGCCCGGUUUCCCCCCACUACUCUUCCAAAUUUGUGGAGACCAGCCCCUCUGGACUCGAUCCCAACGCCUCUGUUUACCAGCCCAUGAAGAAGUGAAGAGCAGCUGUGUUUCACCCAACAAUUUGGUUACCAGAAGGCAUUGCAAAGGAGCAUCUCUGGCAGUCAAGAUAACAAAAAGUUUAUAUUGUAUUUUGUGGGACUGUAUAUGUUGUCAUUUUUAAAAAGGGGGGAAAGAUAACAUCCACAUCUGAUUAGAACUGCCCAUCAGUUUUUCUUGUAAAUUUUUAGAAGACCUCACAGAACUUUGCAGUUUAUUUUUCUCGGCCAAUGCAUUAAAACCAUUCUUGGAUUUCAA